AUGGGAAGAGGGGAGGAGACAUCCUGGUCUGGGAGGGACACCAUCCCACAGCCAGGCCCUGGCCCAUCAGGAGACCAGGGGCUUCGGGGAGCAGAGGACCUGCUCAGGCUCCAGGGCGAAGCUCUCACAGGGAACUCUCUUCCAGGGCUGAGUCCGGGCCCCAGGAGCCAAGUGCAGGCAGGGACCCUGCCCAAACCCAGGCUCUGGGCUGAGUCGGAAUUUGUGAUACCACGGGGGGAGCAUGUGAUCCUGUGGUGUGAGGGGACCCUGGAGACACAGGAGUACUUGCUGGUCAAAGAGGGAAGCCCAGCACCCUGGGACACACAGGCUGCAGUGGAACCUGGGAACAAAGCCAAGUUCCCACUCUCAUCGAUGACAGACCACCACGAGGGGCUAUAUCACUGCUGCUAUCAAAUUCCUUAUGUCUUGUCAGAAUACCGUGAGCCCCUGGAGCUGGUGGUGACAGGAAGGAGGAGACAAGCCCAGGCCCUGUUUCACGUGGGCCAUGUGAUCCCCAGCACAGCGUGGAGGUCCAGAUGCUACAGCUAUGACGGGAGCAAACCCAGGUGUGGUUGGAUGCCAGAGAUGCCCUGGAGUUUCCGUCUCAGGGGGCUGAGGUGGGCCGUAAUGGAAGUUUCCCAGAAUGAGUCCAGGAACAGGGCCGAGUUCUCCAUUCCAUCCAUGACAGAAGAUGAUGCAGGGCGCUAUUGCUGUUACUGUCGAGGCCCUGCUGGCUGGUCAGAGCCCAGUGAGCCCCUGGAGCUGGUGGUGACAGGCAGCUCUGCUGGCCCAGGCCUGCAAGGGAAAAAUAAGGCUGUGAUCUGGGUCUCUGUGCCCUUCUCCCUGCUGCUGCUGCUGCUCCUCCUCCUCCUUUUCUUUCGAUACUGGCGCCAGGGAAGAAGCAGGAAGGCAGAUGCCGCCGUGAAGGACACAGCACCUGAGGACAGGGUGGAGCUGGACACUCGGAGCCCACCUGCUGAGGACCCCCAGGGAGCAACGUACGCCCAGGCUGCUGUCCGUGUGGGUCCCCAGUACACGAUCUGUGCUUAGCUGGGCAGCUGGGCGCUCAGACAGGGGGCAGCUGCACCUCCUUCCUCCAGGGAUAGGGUCCUUCCUGCAGAGCCCAGUGUGUAUGCCGCCCUGGCGUCCACUCAUGCAGAAGGCGACCCAAAGAACACUAAGUGAUGUCUCAACCAGGGACACCUGACAGAGAUGCCAGAGGUUCUGUAUCCUCCUGAGACUCACCUGACCCUGCGAUCAGAGAGAGCUCACACCUCUGUGUGCUGGAAAUAAAACCAGAGAUUCUCCAAUAA